AACUCAAAUAAAGUGGAAUGUCAGCUUGACAUUAUUCGCAAUCAAUUAAUUGAUAUUUAAGAUACGAUUACUAUUGAUAUUUCUCUUAAUGAAUAAUUAUAAUUUGUAACUUAAUGUAAUAUUUAAAUUGUAUAUUUAAUAAUUUUUAAUAAUUUUAUAAGAUAGACUAUUUAUAAAUAAGACAUCAUGUAUAAUACUGGACCACCACCACCUUAUGAAUCACCUCCAUAUGCACCGCCUGGUUAUUCACAAACAAUGGGUGGUGUUCCACCUGCUAGCCCUUUCACAUCUGCAGAAACUUAUACAAGUGGACCAACUAUAGUAACAACAAUUGUUCCACUGGGGCCAGGAUCAACACAUACAAUUUGUCCUCAUUGCCAUGCAGAAAUAGAUACUACAACAAAGACAGAACCUGGCAUGAUUGCCUAUAUAUCUGGGGUUGUAAUUGCAUUAAUGGGAUGUUGGUUGGGAUGCUGUUUGAUUCCAUGCUGUAUUGAUGAAUGUAUGGAUAUUCAUCAUAGUUGUCCUAACUGUAAAGCUUAUCUGGGACGUUAUAGGAGAUAAGAUAACACAAUACUAGUAUCUAUUGCAUUUCACUUUGAAGCCAUUUGAAAGUUGCAUCAUAUAUAUACAUAUAUAAUGAAUAAGUUUUAGUUUUUAUCUUCAACAAAUAUUUGCAAUGUUUGGAACAUAAACAAUCAGCUUCAAAUAUUUUUCACAUGAAAGUUUGAUAUAUACAAUGCACAAUGCAAGAUUGCACAUAAUUAUAUAAAAAAAGUAUUUGAUAUUUACUUUCAUAAAAGGGAUCAUUAAAAAUAUUCGUAGAUUUAAAUAUUAAAUGAAAAAGUUCCUAAAAUUCAAUUUAUUUGUUAUAUUUGAAAACUUUUUCAUUAUAAAAGUAUAAAAUAGUUGAGCAGGAUGUACAAAUGAAAACAAGGUUCAUUGAUAAUUUUGUUUACAACAAAUAGUACACAAUAUAAAUUUUCAUAUGUAACAUGUAUAUAAAAUUACUUUUAAAUGAGGAUAUUCAAGGUAUUUUCAGCACUAUCUGAUAUUUUUGUUGAAUAUAUAAAUAUUAUACACAAUAUUUCUUUACUCUACUUGUAUUACCUGAUAGCAGUUGUUAUUGCAAGUACUGUUAAACAUCUAUUUUUUUAAAUUGUUAAAGAUGACAAACUUAUACAAUCUGUGUGUUUUUAUAUAGUCUCAUUUAAUGUAUAUAUGAAUAUAAAUAUAUGCUAUUGAAAAUAACUAUUUUUUGGAAAUAA